AAGUCGUACCAAUUCACCGAGGAGUGCUACGCCGACUAUCCUGGCGGCGGAGCGACUAGCAACGGCACAGGGAAAGUCACAGAUCUGUAAGUGGCGCUCUUAUUGAAGUAACCCCACGCGGGAUGAUGCGCGCUGACAAUGAUCUCCCAACAUAGAGCGGCAAAGACUGUCUACUCUUUCUUCAGUUGCAUGGACCAAUGUGCCAUCUACAAUCGGAAUCCGAACGGGGGCCCGCUCUGCCUUGCUGUGACGUACGACGCAAAUCUGACGGUGACCGUGGAUGCGCAUGCCGGCAAGAUUACUAUGCCAGUGCCUAUCUGACAUCGCAGCCGUUCAACUAGACUUUCAUAUUUUGCAGACGCGCCUGGUCUCCGUUCUCGUA